AAGCUCAGCGCAGUUAUGGUUUGAACAUUGAAGCAGAACGGACGUUGUCGAUUGUUGGGAGCCUCAUUCUGGGCGUAGUGUUUCACAUUCGCGAGUGCCCUUUGUCACGCUGUACUUUUUCCAGUCUUUUCUUCCUUUUCUCGACCAACCCACGGAUGCAACGAGGUGUCUAGAGAAGAAGUUGAAUGAUUCACAUUGUGUAGUGCCACCAGUAGUGUCGUUCAGCAGAAAGUGCGCCUCGGCGUGAAGUAAACAAGAACAACGGGUUUAUCAGAGGGACGCUCGGCCUUCAAACGAAAGCGACAAAGGACCUUCACAGGAGAUUCAUAAAACUAAAUUCAAAAAGCGGGUCGUCGUCAUCCGGCCGCCCAAGCCCCACAGUGGUUGCCUGUGGAAGCCGCCAUCUUUCAUCAACAAAAUGCCCGAGGCCGACGGCAUUAGCCACUCGCUCGAUCUGGAUAAACAGCUGCCACCAGAGAUCCACGAGCAGGCCCUGAAACAGGGUGAAGAUCCGGAAAAGAUAUGUCUCAUGAUCCAAGAACUGAGGGAUAUGAUCUACGAGAGAGGCGAAUGCGAACCGCAUAGAGUGGACGACGACUUCCUGACGAGGUUUUUAAGGGCCCGCUACUGGAAGGUAGAAAACGCUUAUAAAUUAAUGUGCAGGUACUAUGACUUUCGUGAGAACAACAUCGAACUGCACGAGAACGUCAACCCCAUGACGCUGAGGUCACUCGGUGACGAUGAUAUUAUCACAAUCUCACCCUAUCGGGACCAGGCAGGGAGACGAGUGCUUUACUUCAAGUUUGGCAAUUGGCGGCCGUCGAAAAUUCCCCUCAAUGAUCUUUUCAAAGCUACAAUGCUGAUCUUGGAAGUUGGCUCUCUCGAACCAAUCUCACAGGUGGUCGGUGGAGUUGGUAUCAUAGACUUGGAAGGACUUUCUCUGAAUCAUGCGUGGUAUAUGAGUCCGUCAGUGGCCCAGAAGAUCAUCUCUCUUCUGGUGACCUGCAUGCCCGUUCGCACAACAGCUAUUCACAUCGUGAAUCAGGGAUGGGUGUUCGACACAGUUUUCCAAAUGUUCAAACCACUGUUGAACGAUCGGAUGCGAGAGAAGCUGUACUUCCACGGGACGGACCGGGCCUCCCUGCACAAGCACCUUGAUCCCGAGUAUCUGCCGGAGCGAUAUGGGGGUACAAAACCGGAAUAUCCGUACACGUACUGGCUGGAACAUUUGUGCAGUAACGAGUACGUCAUUCAUGAACUCGAGCAGCUGGGGUAUGUGGCGGAUCCGGUGACUGAGGAGUGACUAAAAUUGUUAGCACUCGACCAAUCUGUGAUUGAAUUUGUACCGAUGUGUUUCGAUUGAAACUCUGCAUGCUGUAGAGUAGUGUUCAUCACUUUCUUCUUUCUUUGUUUUUAAGAGGCUUUAAACUUUGCAGUUCAUUCGCCUCUAAUUUCAUCACUGGCUUGCCUAAGCAAGAAUAGAAACUCUCCGCCGAUUCAAAAUUCUAUCUUGUGCCUUUCUCGGAUCGAAUCGUUAGGUGUUAGUUUUAGGACAUUUUUUUUGUAUAAAUACAUACACUUUUAUGACGAUAAUACAAUUGGACGAUUUUCAUCCAAUUAGUUUUUGUAAUAAACGGAAUAAAUAAAGUUUAAAA